AAAAUCUUGUUACUGUUAUCUGCUUAAAGAAACAAAAAAGUUGUAGUUUGGAAGCUUGAAGGUGCAAGUAACAAUGGCAGUUUCAGCAACUUCAAUUGUUUCCAUUCCAUUCAAUUCCACAAAUUCUUCACCAAAAUCAAUUCUUUUCAGCUUCAAAUUCUCCUCAAAGUCCGCUAUAAAUGCCACUCCAACAACAUUUACUGUCUGCUCUCAGAAAUCAGGCAGUGGAUUGACGAGUGAAAACAAAAAAGCGUUAUUUGAGCGUUACGGUCUGAACCCUAAUGAUUUCUUACCAGAAUCAUCUAAGUCAAGGACCAAAAAGAAAGGGAAACAAGCUGUUGAAGAGGAGGAAGCUAAGCCGCCCAGGACUACGCAUAAGUUGCUUCAGGUUCUUGGAGGGAAGGCUAAAAGAAAAAAGUUGCUUUCACCAAUGGGCAUGGAUGUGCGGCCAAUGAUGGAAGUUGUAAAAGGUUCCGCCUUUGAUAUCUUGCAGGCAGCUGGUGGCUGUCCUGCAUCUUUAAGGCCAGGUUGCUGGUUGGAUUUGUAUAGUGGUACAGGAUCUGUUGGCAUUGAAGCUAUCAGCCGAGGUUGUUCAGAGGUGCAUUUUGUCGAGAUGGAUCCUUGGGUAAUUUCAAACGUUCUGCAACCAAACUUGGAAUCAACUGGGUUUCUGGAUGUUUCAGUUAUUCAUACAGUUUCUGUCGAAAACUUUCUAGAACGAGCAGAGCAAUUUGCAGGCAUGGAUAAGACAUUUGAUUUCAUUAGUGUCACACCUCCAUAUAUGGAAGUCAAUUACGGGACACUGAUGGAUCAGAUUUCAAAAUCAGCCCUAGUCGGAGAAAAUACAUUCAUUGUGGUGGAAUAUCCUAUAAGAACUGACAUGUUGGAUGCAUGUGGAUGCCUUGUGAAGAUAGCUGAUCGAAGAUUUGGACGGACACAUUUAGCAAUUUAUGGACCCUUGUGGGCGCAGAAGAAAAGAGCCAGAAAACAACUUUAAUACAUAAGCAGACACAAGAGCAAGUAUUUACAGGCUGAAAAUGAAUAGUGCAUCCGUUGCUUAAAAUGCUAUUGCGUUUUACAUCUGUAUCUGCUAUCUAUAGAUUCUGCAUUAUUCAUCCUUGUCAAAUACAGAGAACACAAAACAGAUCUAGUGGAUCAUUAGGUUCAUAGUAUUUACUGGGCUGCCUAAUUUUUUUUAUAAUAUAGAGAAAGCCUCGGUGUACCAAGCUGCUUUUUCAUAAUUGUAAGGACCUGAAUUAAUUUUGUAUUUCAUACAGAGAUGAUAUUUACAAUCUUAACACUGCCAGUUGCUGAAGUCAAAUAUUAAUAUUGGUAUGCAUA